GAGCUGUACAAGGCGGAUGACUUCCGUAUGUACUGUAUGAAGGUGUUGCCGUGCAGCAAGCGCUUCUGCCAUGACUGGACGGUGUGCCCCUACUCUCACCCGGGCGAGAAGGCCAAGCGCCGCGACCCGCGCCUCUACUCCUACACCGGCAUCGCCUGCCCCAACAUGAAGAAGGACCAGAGCUGCACGCGCGGGGACGCCUGCCCGUAUGCGCACAACGUAUUCGAGUACUGGCUGCACCCGACGCGCUACCGCACACAGCUCUGCAACGACGGCGAGAAGUGCGCGCGCAAGAUAUGCUUCUUCGCGCACACCCUUGAGGAGCUGCGCGUGCCGGCCAACAAGCCCUUUGUGCCCCCUGAGGCCCUGGCAGCCGCCACCACCACUGCCACCCUGGAGGCCGCCCGCAAGGCCGGCGCCGCCGCCGACAGCCCCAACAAGGUGUGCUCUCACUUUAACGUCUCUUGUUUGCCUUGUUGA